AUGGCCCCGACUCCAAUCGCUCCAUUCCUCCUCCCCCGAGGGGUUCCCUCAACAAGAGCCCUUCUCGCUCUAUCCAAGUCCAAACCGCGUGCCGCCGGAACUUACAGUCGCUGCGCAUCAACAAAGGCCUCGGACCAAAAGCCGCGCGUGCUCGAAAAGCCAGACAAAUUCCGCCCGCCAUCACACCCAGCACGGCGCGUCGUCCAGACCAGAAAUGGCAAAGUGGUCAACUACCCGGGCCCCAAAUUCAGCGAGAAGGAGGAGGCUGAGCGGAAGACGAAGCAGUACCCGAACAUGUUCCCGCCUGAGGGGACGGUCAUGUUUCGGUUUUUGACGAGUCGGUGGAUCCAUGUCUGGAUAGCUAUGAGUGUCUUAACAAGUCUCGCAACAUUCACAUUCACGACGAACUUCAAGCACUCGAGUCCCUUUGCGCAUUUGCUCCCGCCCUGGUCGGGUCUUCUUGCUCAUCCGAUCGAUACAAUUUCGCAAGCGCUUUCGGUGUUCCGGAUGCACGUUGAGCAUAACUCCAUGGAAACGCGGGAGAAGAGGAGGAGACGGGUAGAGGAUGCGGAGAAGAGGAGACAGUUCCGGGUUGCACAUGGAUUGGAGGAGCCGAGUGAGGAGCACCAAGGCCAGAAGGGAAAGGAGGCGGAGAUUGAUGACCAGUCGCCUGUUGCCGUUGAAGCUCAGGGCCAGGCUCGUGGUGGGGGAGAGUAUGUUGAUUGGGAGGGGAAGAAGAAGCCUGUUAAGAAGUGGUUGGGCAUUUGGUAG